CCAGAGCUCCGGGGCAGAGUUAGAAACUCACCCAGGGAGCUGGCAGUCUGUAUCCCGCACCCAUCAGCCGCCCUGCACCAUGAGCCUGCGGAGUCUCUCGCUGUGGUUCCCGCUGCUUCUGCUGCUGCUGCCGCCACCCCCGGCCCUGCCCGAGGACCCCCGGGCGCCUGCACCGGUGAACCCCUGUUGUUACUAUCCAUGCCAGCACCAGGGUAUCUGUGUCCGCUUUGGCCUUGACCGCUACCAGUGUGACUGCACCCGCACGGGCUACUCCGGCCCCAACUGCACCAUCCCUGAGCUGUGGACCUGGCUCCGGACUUCUUUGCGGCCCAGCCCCUCUUUCUUCCACUUCCUGCUGACACAUGGGCGCUGGUUCUGGGAGUUUGUCAAUGCCACCUUCAUCCGCGACAUGCUCAUGCGCCUGGUACUCACAGUGCGUUCCAACCUUAUCCCCAGCCCCCCCACCUACAACACGGCACACGACUACAUCAGCUGGGAGUCCUUCUCCAAUGUGAGCUACUACACGCGAAUUCUGCCCUCUGUGCCCCAAGACUGCCCCACGCCCAUGGGGACCAAAGGGAAGAAGCAGUUGCCAGAUGCUGAACUCCUGAGCCGUCGCUUCCUACUCCGGAGGACGUUCAUACCUGACCCCCAGGGCGCCAACCUCAUGUUUGCCUUCUUUGCCCAACACUUCACCCACCAGUUCUUCAAGACUUCUGGCAAGAUGGGUCCUGGCUUCACCAAGGCGUUGGGCCACGGGGUAGACCUCGGCCACAUUUAUGGAGACAAUCUGGAACGUCAGUAUCACCUGCGGCUCUUUAAGGAUGGGAAACUCAAGUACCAGGUGCUGAAUGGAGAGAUGUAUCCGCCGUCGGUGGAAGAGGCACCAGUGCUGAUGCACUAUCCCCGGGGCGUCCCACCUCGGAGCCAGAUGGCCAUGGGCCAGGAGGUGUUUGGGCUGCUUCCUGGGCUCAUGCUCUAUGCCACCCUCUGGCUGCGCGAGCACAACCGUGUGUGUGACCUGCUGAAGGCUGAGCACCCCACCUGGGGCGACGAGCAGCUCUUCCAGACCGCCCGCCUCAUCCUCAUCGGGGAGACCAUCAAGAUCGUGAUUGAGGAGUACGUGCAGCAGCUGAGCGGCUACUUCCUGCAGCUCAAGUUUGACCCGGAGCUGCUGUUCGGCGCCCAGUUCCAGUACCGCAACCGCAUCGCCGUGGAGUUCAACCAGCUGUACCACUGGCACCCGCUCAUGCCCAACUCCUUCAGGGUGGGCCCCCAGGACUACAGCUAUGAGCAGUUCCUCUUCAACACCUCCAUGCUGGUGGACUAUGGGGUCGAGGCCCUGGUGGACGCCUUCUCGCGCCAGAUCGCGGGCCGGAUCGGUGGGGGUAGGAACAUGGACCACCACGUCUUGCAUGUGGCCGUGGGGCUCAUCAAGGACUCGCGAGAGCUGCGCCUACAGCCCUUCAAUGAGUACCGCAAGCGGUUUGGCCUGAAGCCCUACACUUCCUUCCAGGAGCUCACAGGAGAGAAGGAGAUGGCGGCUGAGUUGGAGGAGCUAUAUGGAGACAUCGAUGCCUUGGAGUUCUACCCAGGGCUGCUUCUCGAGAAGUGCCUCCCAAACUCCAUCUUUGGGGAGAGUAUGAUAGAAAUUGGGGCCCCCUUUUCCCUUAAGGGCCUCUUAGGGAAUCCCAUCUGUUCCCCUCAGUACUGGAAGGCGAGCACGUUUGGCGGCGAGAUGGGCUUCAAUCUUGUCAAGACGGCCACACUGAGGAAGCUGGUUUGCCUCAACACCAAGACUUGUCCCUAUGUUGCCUUCCGAGUGCCGGACCCGCGCCAGGAGGAUGGGCCUGGUGUGGAGCGGCCGUCCACAGAGCUCUGAGGGGGUAUGGCAACAGCAUUCUGGAUAGGAGGACUCCAUGAUCGUCUUUCCAGAAUGCUGAGGCCGGGGUCGAUAGUCUUAACUGGGUUUCCGGUUUGGCAUCGAGAGCGUCAGAGUGGACACUUAGAACUCUGGGUCUCUUAUCCGUGAUCUGGAACAUGGUGGUCUUGCUUGGUGUUCAAGAAAUGCUGAAUUCUUGGUUAGCCAUCCAGAAUGAACACUGGGCUCCUGGUUGACCACCUAGAGUGUCAGGUUGUAGACUGAUCUGGAACACAGGCAUUCUAAAAUAUGGGACUCCUGAUGAAAUGAUCUAGAAUGUUUGGGGGCUCGUAGCUUGCAUUCUAGAAUUUCUGGGUGGCCUUCCAGAGCACUGACUUUCUGAUUGGCAAUUCAGAAUGUUGUGUUCCUGGUUGCUGAUCCAGAACAGUGGCUGGUGUACUGGAUUGGUCCUGAUCCGAAUGUCUGGAGUGUUGAUCCAUUUUCCUGUUCAGUGGGACAUCCGCAGAGCAGGAGAAUCUGAUGUCUAAUGAGAAUGCAUUGCCUGAAUCUGUGCCUGCAUGGAGGCGGCAAGGGAGCAGUAUUCUUUUGGAACCCCAACCAAGACCCUGGUCUGAGGAUAUGGAGGGAACAGGUGGCUUUUUCCGGGCCAUUGGUUGGAAGCCACCAGAGCUCUGUCCCCAUCCAGGGCUCAAUUCAUGGCAGCUGUUAUUCAUGAAGCUAAUAAAAUUCUUUUUCCAAA